GCGAUCUGCGAAGCGAUCGCUCUCCCUCUUCCACCCUUGCCCUUCUCCACCGCUUGUCGGUCAUGGACGCUUUCCUCCUCUCAUCCUCCUCCUCCUCCUCCGUCCUCAAGCGUCCCUGCCCCCGCGACCCCCUCGCAGCCAGCGGCACUAGGGUUCCGUCGGACCCCGCUGCCAUGGACUGCCUCCUGGAGGCCUUCCUCUCCCUCUCGGACCCCUCCCUCGCUCUCGAUCUCUCCCUCGAGCGCCUCCUCGGCUCCCGGGUCCAGGAGUCGGAUAAGGACCGUGCCAUCGAGGGCGCCAUCCGGGUAGGAUCGGCCCUCCUGGAGGCCGCCAAGAGAUCCGAUCGGAAGCGCUCCUCCAAGCACAACUCGGCCUCCUGGCCUCUUCCCCCCGAUCUCACCAUCAAAGUUUUCUCUAUGCUAGACACACAGAGUCUGUGCCAUGCUGCAGCUGCUUGUUCUAUGUUCCACAAGUGUGCAACAGAUCCAUUAUGCUAUGCUAACAUUGACUUAACAGUGCCAGUACCGAAGGUUAAUAACAUGAUUGUGUCUACAAUGAUACAACGGGCAGGAAAAAACCUUCAGUCACUCAAGCUUGGUAUGCGACCUAGCCCAACUUCAACAGCAGAGCUUUCUCAACCAAUGUCCAAUCCUAUUAAAAAUCCCAUAGAUACAUUUGGUCUUCCAUGGAAUGACAAGAGACCUAGGCCAAGGAGGGAGUCAUCUGUUCUUACCCGGUCCUGUCUGCUGGCUUUAAGUGUGGAUGGUGGUGCUUCUGGGGCUCUCCUGAGGAGGCUGCACCUGUACAAUAUUGAUAAGAUGGAUAAUUCUGCACUUUGCACAGCAUUGGCAGCCUGUCAGUCUCUCCUUGAUCUGGAACUCAUUGGUUUACAUGUUGAGCUGAGGCGAACAUUGGAUGCAGUCAGCACACAUUGUCACUCCAUAGAGCGUUUGUUCUUUGAGUCUUCUGAUACUGGCAGAGAUGAUAGUCUGAAAUCCCCAACUUGCAUCAAUCUGGUAAAUGGCUGUCCUAAUUUGACAACAUUAGCCCUCAGGGGAUUCAAGCUUCAUGAUCAUAAAGUCCGUAUGCUGGUUAAGGGAUUUCGCUAUCUCAAAUUUGUUGAUUUUUCAACAUCUUAUUCAAUCACAGGCAUGUUUUUAAGGAACCUUGCCAAUGGCACAAAUCCCGUUGCAUUGGAGGUCUUGAUUUUACGUGACUGUUUGCAUCUCAAAGAGGUUGAAGUUUCCCGGUUCUUAUCUGCUGUGCUUGAUGGAGACCUCAAAACCCUCAGAUAUUUGGACAUUUCGAAUAAGGAUGGCCUUUCUGCUAAUAAUGACUGGAACUAUCGGUGCUAUAACCCAAGUGCUAUUCCAAUUUCACGAGUUUUAAAGGACAGACCUGAUAUUUGUUUAAUUGCCAAUUUUCCCCCAGAAGGGAGCUUCAUUGAUAUUGAAAACUUUAGUGACAGUGAAAUAAGCAGCAGCACAAGCUUUCAGAUGAUGGCUGCUGCUGUAUUUGGUUCUUAUUCUACAAGCUCAUCUGACAGCAGCUAUAGCAGUGAUCCAGGGAGCGGUAAUGAGGAUGUCCAUGAUGUGAAUGAUGUGAGCUUCGCAUUCUAUGGUGCAGAUAGCUAUGAUGAAAUGGAGUUUCAAUUGGCUUAGCAAGAGGUCAGAUGGGUCAAUGCAAGAUGAUACAGACUCAUCCAUCUGAAUGCUACACCCCACCCUCUCCUCGUUAGUUGAAUUAGUUUUAAACUAAUGGAAGGUGAUGCUACAUUGCAUUGAAUGAAUUUGUAUAUGCCAUGGAAGUUUGAUACUGAUUUCAUUGGACUAUUUGUGCACCUUAAAUUAAGCAAAACCAUAAUAGUCUUAGUCUAAAAAAGUUUUACAAUUGGCUGUCAA